AUGGAUUCCGCAUAUUUAUACUCGGUAAUAGCUGUAGUAUUAACUGUUUGCAACGUUCGUCUCAUCUCUAUACUGCCCUUCACCCGUACGAAUAAUGAUUAUAGGAGCAACAAAAGAUCCACUCAGUUGACAAGCCAUGAGCCCAAGCCGUUGCAUUUGCUCGUGUUCCUGGGCUCUGGUGGCCACACAGGUGAAAUGCUUCGUCUUUUGCAAAAUUAUGAGGCUCUUCUAUUAAACAAGGACAAUCACUUGUAUGUUGGAUAUUCUGAUAAUGAAUCAUUGGAUAAGCUCAAGAAAUUAAUGAGGCAGUUUCCUACGUUCUCUAUAAAAUGUUACCAUUUCAAAAAAGCUAGAGAAGUAAACUCCAACGUUCUCCAGAGUAUUGUCAGCAUUUUACAAACUUUAAUCACUUCCUUCAGAUACAUUUUGGAGAUUAAACUCUCUAUGUUGGGGAAACCACAUCUAGUUCUAUUGAACGGCCCUGGAACAUGUUGUAUUAUCGCAGUAUGGGUCAAAUUAAUAGAUUUUUUCUGGUUAUUCACAAGCUCGAAUAUCGUCUACGUGGAAUCAUUAGCAAGGAUUAAUACGUUAAGUUUAACAGGUAAAAUUUUGAACUGGUUAGCAGAUGAAUUCAUAAUUCAAUGGGAACAAUUGCAUGAAGUUGUCCCCAGAGCAAAAUAUUUUGGUAUACUAGUUUGA